AUGAGUGUUCAUCUUUUCGGCGCCUCGUCAUCGCCUGGUUGUGCCAACUUUGCCUUGAAACAAAUGGCCUCUGACAACGAAGAGGAAUUCGGAUCAGAUAUUGCGAACUUUAUAAAGCGUGACUUUUAUGUCGACGACGGGCUGAAGUCCUUACAAACUAUCGACAUGGCUGUGGACAUGAUCAAAGGCAGUAAGGAUAUGUGCGGCAAAGGUGGAUUGCGUCUGCAUAAAUUUCUGUCAAGCUCGAAGGAGGUGUUGAAGCACAUUCCUGAAGAAGACCGAGCCAAGGGACUCGAGGACAUUGACGUAGUCCAUGAUAAACUUCUGUUGAACGAGCUCUUGGCAUACAGUGGUGUAUAG